UUUGCAGACAAGAUGCAGCGACUGUGUGUGUAUGCGCUGAUCUUUGCACUGGCUCUGGCCACCUUCUCAGAAGCUUCUUGGAAGCCCCACACCCAGCGGCCACAUGCACCCUUAGGUACUGGGGCCAACAGGGACCUGGAGCAACACUGGCUGGAAGAUCAGGGCCCAGCCUCUCACCACCGAAGGCAACUGGGACGCCAGGGUCCCCCACACCUGGUGGCAGGUAGGAGCUGCUCACCGCCCUGCUUGCCUCACCCGGCCAGGUUUAGCCAAGGUCUGCCCAGACUGGCCCUGACCUUGGUUCCUGGAGGGUAGGCACCUUUCCCUGUUCUCACCUCUCUCACCUCCUCAGACCUGUCCAAGAAGAAGGGCCCAUGGGUGGAGGAAGAAGAAGAAGCCUAUGGAUGGAUGGACUUCGGCCGGCGCAGUGCCAAUGACGAGAACCAACAACCCUAGAACCAAGCUGCAGAGCCCAGCCAUCUCCUACCCCACCCCAGCCCUGUCACUGAAAAACAAAUCAAAAAUAAACUAGUUGCCUGU